AUGUCUAAGUUGAAUAUGGGUCCAGUCAAGGCGUUUAAUGUUAUGAAGACUUGUUUUGGUGGUUUUGAAGACGUGGGUGCAUGUAAAGUUGAAUUUAAGAAUUACAAGAGGCAAAUUAACUUGUUUAUGGGGGAAUAUGAUGCCGAUAUGGUUGUAAUUUUCGUGUAUAACAGUAGAAUAGUCGUGUUAACAGGUACUAACAGAUACGCUAUGGUGUUUGUACUGUUCACCGGUAUAGACAAUCAUCACUGCAAUGGUACAUUUGGUGCUGCAUUAUUGGCGUCGAAAACUGCUGAUACGUAUAUUUGGUUGUUGAGAGUUUUUCUAAAAGUUGUUGGUUCUCAACCAAAAGUUGUUGUCACUGACCAAGAUCCAGCAAUGAAGAAGGCUAUUUCUGCUGUAUUUGUUGACACGAGGCAUCAGUUAUGCAUGUGGUAUGUGAUGCAUAAACUUUCUCUGAAGGUUGGUGUUAGUCUAUGUAAUUCCACCAAUUUCAAAGAACGUAUUUGUGGUGUUGUAUGGACGGAUAUUCUCACACCUGAAGAGUUUGAAUCAGAAUGGGAAGUGGUUAUCGGAGAGUUCAAUUUAGCAGAUAAUGACUGGCUAUCUGAUAUUUUUGCACUCAAGGAAUCUUGGAUCCCUACAUACUAUAGAAUGGAAGAGAUGUCGGGUCUUAUGCGAAUGACAUCAAGGUCGGAGAGUGAGAAUCAUUUUUUUGGUCAAGUGUGCAAUUCGAAAGCUACUCUUGUUGAGUUCAUGACUCAUUACGAAACUGCAAUAGAAGCACAACGUCACAUGCACUGGAAAAAUGAUCAUGAAUCUCGAUACAAACGACCCCAGUUGAAGAGUAAUUACCAAUUGUUGGAAGGCCAAGCUGCUGACAUAUACACAAAAAGUAUUUUUUGUGACGUUCAAGCUGAGCUAAUUGGAAUUGCGGAUUGCAUAAAUUAA